CGCUGCGACGCGAAGAAUGGUUAAGAUUAUUGCGUUCAAAAGUUAUUGUCGCGUCUUCGUAGGCAUCGGAGUUGUAAAUAUUCGUUCGAGUGCUACACCGUGAUUGCUUUCCCGCCAAGAUUCGCGAAGAAUAAUAAUAUUGUCACCAGUGGUGAUCGAAUGCAGCUUGUUUUGGAUUACCUUUAAGCUGCUAUUAUCAUUCCAGUAGAGCAAGUUGAAACAAUGUUCUUUUAAUUUGACUCAGCGCGGUCAAUCAACGGAAAGUGUGUAAUUCAAUGCUGCUACGAUAGUGCAUCAAAGUGGAAGAGAGCAAGAGCGCGCUAGUAUUGAAAAAUGUACGGACGGAGCGCUCCGGCAAAAAUGGCUCCCGUCAAGGUUUACGGUGCCACCACGACAACAACAGUUCAACAUCAGCAGCAACAGCAACAACAUCAUCAACAGCAACAGCAGCAAAACACAAUGCAGAUGAACGCAGUGCGUAAGAUCAACAGCCUCCUGCAGAGUGGAGCCGUCAGCGUGACCGGUAUACCCGGCAAUCAGCCCAGGAUGAUACAGAAGAAGCCCAUCAACAAUCAGACGAGCGUUUCGAUCACGACCACCAACAGCUACGUUUCGAAGCAGCAAAAAUGCUACGUUUGCGGCGACAAUGCCGGAAUCAACGCGACACUGCUGACCGAAGCAUCGACUACCACCUCCCAAACCGAAUUCACGUCCAAGAUAGCGAAGAUCGUGGGCGAGGGUUACAUGGUCAUCAUCGGCACAGACGAUGUCGUGUGCAGGCGGUGUAUCACACUGUUCAAUCAGAUGGAUAAACUUGAAACAGAUCUGGAGCACGUACGAAAUACGCUUACGAAUUAUAUUCACAGAAAAUAUAACAUACUGGACGACGAUCCGGGCAUUACGCCGCCCCCUGCCAAGAUCCAGAAGCUCGGAAGUACUAAUACGACAUUGUCGACGUACAGUAUAAAAUCCCUAAACGACUCCGGGCAGGACACGAACGAGCUAUCACGAAAAACGAACACAUCCGUCAUGUCGGAGUUGAACAACAGCUCAAUGGACAUCGAAAAACAGAUGUUCGACAUGUUCGACAAACCACAACAGCAGAUUGUAACGCAACAGAUGCAACCACAGCAGCAGCAGCAGCAACAGCAACUGCAGACGACCAACAAUGGAGCGAAUAUAGUCAGUAGUACGGCUCAACCUGCGCCGACGACGACGAUCCGUCGGAAUCCAAUCAAAAUGUACAAGUGCAUGUCCUGUGAUUUUAAAACGCAGGACCUUACUCAAUUCCAGCCCCACUAUGAGCAGUGUAAAGCAAAUACUAGCCAGCAGCUAGCGACACCAACUGCCACGGCCACAACGACCACCUCGUCGGCGUACCGUUGCAAGCUGUGUAAGAAGAUCUUCGCUUCCGUUGCACUCCUAAAGCAGCACAACGCACAGGAGCACCAACACCCUGCCCAGCAACCGACCGAAAUCAAGAUCAUAGACCAGCAGGGCCCGGGAACGACGAUAACGCAACUUUACGCCUGUAAUAUGUGCACUUACAAGACGCCCGACAAACAAAACUACGACGAUCAUCUUCGCAAGCACAUCAAACUGAAGCCAUUCAAGUGUCGUGUCUGCUUAAUGCGAUUCGAAACGCGCGAACAGGCCUCGAUACAUGCGAAAAAUCAUCAACCGGAUUACUUCAAGUGUGGCAUAUGCAACGUCACGUUCAACAAGCGUGAACUGUUGAUGAAACAUUUGGAAACCCACGAAAAUGUCAAGAAGCAUCCCACGGUACAGAAACAUACGACACUUGCUGCGGCACAACAGCAUCACCACCAGCAGCAGCAACAGCAACAACAACAACAGCAACAACAACAGCAAAUCAUACACCAACAGCCUCCACAGUCGCAGAUACACAUCAAGAGUGAGGUCCCUGUGGUCAAUCAGGUCGCCGAUUCGUCGACACAGAAACUGCUGCAGGCCACGAUCGACGAAGCGCUUCGGGAUACGAUCGGUGAAACGAUCGACGCCAAAUCGAUCCAAUUCCACUCGUGUAACACCUGCUCCCUGACAUUCCUCAACGAGAAACUAUACAGUCAACACAUGAAGAUGCAUACCGGUCAGGGUGGCGGAGGAGCUCAGACACCGAUUACGAGUAGUCAGACGAUGGGCAGCGUGUCCCAUACCACCAGUAAAAAGAUGGUCCAUCAGAAUGCGGCUACGCUCAACAACGGCGGCCAGGAGCUACACGGAAAGCUGCUCGCACCGGGUGCUUCUUCGGCAAGCGGUGGCCUCACCACCAGCCAUAGCAACACCAUCUCCGACGGCGAUCUCGAAAGUAUAUUCGAGAAAAUUCACUCGGACAAGAACGAUAUGAACCCCGGUGAUAAUCUGGUCAUCACUAGCCAGGACAAUGCUAGUGGUAACAUCACGUACAGCAUUACGUUGGCGCAACAGGGCCAGGAGGGAACGACCACAUCGGGCCAGACGUAUGUGCAGCAACAACAGCAGUCGCAACAGUCACAGCAGCAGGAGAGUGCCGAUAACAAGAUGGUCACCCAGAACCAAAUCCAACAGCAAGCCUCCGUCGGCAUUGACAUGCCCAUGCUCGAUCAAGGUGAAGACCACCAUCAACAGCAAGCAGGUCAAUCCCAGCUCAAGCAGGAACCGCUGAACAUGCCUGUCAGUAUGCCGAGCCUGGACGAUGACGGUGAGCAGUCCCAGAACAGCCAGACUUCCAACGCCGAAGGAGGCACCAUGGAGCUGGAAGGCAUGCAAGAUUCCGACGGUCAGCAAAUCAAGUUUAUUCUCAACGAAAACGGACAGAUACUGCAGCUGGAUAAUCACAUCCUGACUACCGAUGCGGAUGGAAACCAGAUUCUGGUGCAGGGAACGGAUAGUGAACAGAUUCAGCAGUUGCUCCAAAGCGUGGGUGUGGUAAUGCAAGGCGGUGAAGGUUUGGGUGAAGGAGAAACAUUACAAAUGAUCAGUGGCGAUGGGCAGACGGGACAAAUGAUUCUGGUGCAGGGAGCUGAUGGGCAGGAACAGUUGAUCGACGCUUCGUUGUUGAACGCCGACGGAAACAUCGUAAUCCAGCAAUCUCAAGAGGGUGAACUGAAUGCCGAAGGUACGCACAUAACAACGCAAGAUGGCCGGCAGAUUCCGGUGUCAGUGGCGUUUACAACCUCUGGGGAAGUAGACCAUGAAGGCAAUCUGACGGUUUCUAUGGCCGGCGGUGAUGGCGGUGAUCAGCAGAUACAGUUGCACCUUCAACAGCACGAAGGCGAUGGCGAAGAACAACAACAUAUCGAAGACGGCGAAGGGCAGCAGGGUAUCCUAACCGAAAGUGGUCACAUAAUACUUCACGCUCAGGAUCAAGUCGGUGAGCAGCAACAGAAGCAGGACGGCUCGGAUGAAAGCAGUCAACAUGCGGCGGCUAAUGCAGCGGGAAGUGCCACCACUGGCAGUGGAUCGGCGACUGGCAAUGGAGCCAGUGCAGGAACAACGAGCACCGGGGUCGACGAGCAAGGACUGUUCAACUUUGACGAACUCAUUCAGCCACAGGUGGUAAUCAAGCAACAGCCAGCUCAGUAACCUAAAUGGGGACGUGAUGCGUGCCACCGGCGGCGGCAAUCGAACAACAGCACCGGACAUCGGUUGCAUGGAACUUUGCGAAAUGCACCUAACCACUUUCGAAGAUUUUUGGUAAUGGAUUGAUUGUUAAACAAAAUCAGAUUCUAUAGGGUAUAGGUACAUAAGAUUGGUUGGUAUGCGCGAAUUAAACCACAAACGAGGUCAUAUACAGCUAUUACAGGAUUGUACAUAGGAAGAAGAGUUGUCUGUACCCAUGAUUGAAAGGGAUGUAUUGUAAAUAUGUCUAGUUGCUAAAAGCUUUAGAGAUAGUUAUAUCAUAAAAGAGUAAGCACUUUAGAGACCUAAGUGAUUUAAACAUUAUUUUUGAUUCACUUUUCGUUCAAGUAACAUUUUCAACUGGAUUUUUAAAACAGCUUUGGGUAGACGUCUUAGGUUUGUACGAAUAGAAUGUUUACACGCCAAUACUUUUUUUUAUUAAAUAAUCUGAUGCUAUUUGUUUAGGAACGAUGUUAAUCUUUCACUUAAUCGUUCAUUUGUUUGAACAAAAAAAAAACUUCAAGAUUAGGACAAACUAUUCAAUGUAAACAUCUACCUACUCAUAGAUUUGUUCGCACGCAUGCGAGUACUCUGUCUUUUCUACAUGCAAGUAGACAACAACAAGAAAAAGAAGAAUACUGAACAUUACCCAUAAGUGAUACAAGUUAAGGAUUAUCUCUAGAACGUAGAUACUACAACAUUGAUGCUAUUUUAAAUAAUUAAAAAAAUAUUUAAUUUUGUUCGGAACCUAGACUAUACAUAGCCAUUAUUUGAGGAUGGAAUACUAUAAACGGAGGAGAAAAUUCUUGAAAUAAACGUUAAAACGAAGUGGUAGAUUUGCAACAACCUAUUUUUACACGUCAUACAA